AAUUUCCAUCAUAUUUCGAUUUCUCCACUUUUCUUUCUGUCUAUUAGUUCUUCUGUUUCUUUUUUCUCUUCAGUUUCGCUGUAACUGUCAUUUGGUGCUGGAGAGAUGUAUCAGUGGAGGAAAUUUGAAUUCUUCGAAGAGAAAUCCAGCGGAAAGUGCUCGAUCCCUGAUGAAGUCUCUGGAAAGAUUGAGUGCUGUUCGAGCGGGAGGGGGAGGAUCGUCGUUGGAUGCGACGAUGGCACCGUAAAUUUGCUGGAUCGCGGCUUGAAAUUCAUUUAUGGGUUCCAAGCUCAUGUGUCUUCUGUUCUAUUCCUUCAGCAGCUUAAGCAACGCAAUUUCCUAGUAACUAUUGGGGAAGAUGAACAAACAUCUCCACAGCUCUCACCUAUCUGCUUAAAGGUUUUUGACCUUGAUAAAACGCAGCCUGAGGAUUCCAGCACAUCAAGUCCUGAUUGUGUCCAAAUUUUGCGAAUAUUCACCAAUCAAUUUCCUGAAGCAAAGAUUACAUCAUUUCUAGUCGUUGAGGAAGCUCCACCAAUAUUACUGAUCUCUAUUGGGUUAGACAAUGGUUCCAUUUACUGCAUCAAGGGGGACAUUGCCCGUGAGCGUAUCUCUCGUUUCAAGCUUCAUGUCGAACACAUUUCAGACAAGAGCCAGUCAUCUAUCACAGGCCUUGGGUUCCGAGUUGAUGGCCCAGCCCUUCAACUCUUUGCUGUGACUCCGUGUUCAGUGAGCCUGUUCAGUUUGCAGGAGCAGCCACCUAAGCAUCAAACCUUAGAUAAUAUUGGAUGUGCUUUAAGUUGUGUCACUAUGAGUGAUCGCUCGGAGCUUGUUCUUGGACGCCCAGAGGCUGUUUACUUCUACGAAGCUGAUGGACGUGGUCCUUGUUGGGCUUUUGAGGGAGAGAAGAAAUUUCUUGGUUGGUUCCGUGGGUACCUAUUAUGUGUUAUUGCUGAUCAAAGAAAUGGAAAGGUUACUUUUAAUAUUUAUGAUUUGAAGAAUCGGUUGAUUGCCCAGAGUCUAGUGGUUAGAGAAGUUUCUCACUUGCUUUGUGAAUGGGGUAGUAUAAUUCUUAUAAUGACUGACAAAACAGCUCUAUGCAUAGGAGAGAAGGAUAUGGAAAGCAAGUUAGAUAUGCUUUUCAAGAAGAAUCUGUAUACUGUUGCCAUCAAUCUUGUCCAAAGUCAGCAAGCUGAUGCAGCUGCAACUGCUGAAGUUUUAAGGAAAUAUGGCGAUCAUCUAUAUGGGAAACAAGACUAUGAUGAGGCUAUGGCUCAAUAUAUCCACACAAUUGGCCACCUUGAACCUUCAUAUGUUAUACAGAAAUUUCUAGAUGCGCAACGUAUAUACAACCUUACACAUUAUCUGGAGAAAUUACAUGAGAAGGGGUUGGCUUCUAAAGAUCAUACUACUCUUCUUCUUAACUGCUACACAAAACUGAAGGAUGUUGAAAAGCUAAAUGUAUUCAUCAAAAGUGAGGAGGGGAUUGGGGAACAUAAGUUUGAUGUGGAGACUGCAAUUAGAGUGUGUCGUGCUGCGGGGUAUCAUGAACAUGCGAUGUAUGUUGCGAAGAAGGCAGGUAAACAUGAAUGGUACUUAAAGAUCUUGCUUGAAGAUCUUGGUAGUUUUCAAGAAGCAUUGCAAUAUAUUUCUAGCCUUGAACCCAGUCAAGCCGGGGCCACGGUUAAGGAGUAUGGUAAGAUUCUUGUGGAGCACAGACCAGUGGAGACAAUUGAAAUACUGAUGAGACUUUGUACUGAGGAAGAAGAAUCAGCUAAACAAGGGACCUCAAACAACACAUUGGUAUCCAUGUUACCUUCUCCUGUUGAUUUUCUCAACAUUUUCAUUCAUCACCCACUGUCCCUAAUGAGUUUUCUUGAAAAAUACAUCAGCAAGGUGAAGGAUUCACCAGCUCAGGUAGAAAUACACAACACACUGCUGGAGUUGUACCUUUCCUAUGAUUUGAACUUCCCAUCAAUCUCACAAGAAAACACUGCUGGAGAUUCCAAUCUGAGAGCAAGAAGUGCGAAAGAAGUAGUUAGUAUCUCCAAAGUGAAGUCAAGGGAAAGGUUAAUAGCUGAGGACAAAGAUGUAGAUAAGGACAAGGAUCAUAUUGAAAGACUUGAGAAGGGGCUGCAAUUGCUUAAGAGGGCAUGGCCAUCCAACCUGGAACAUCCACUUUAUGAUGUUGAUCUUGCUAUAAUUCUUUGUGAGAUGAAUGCUUUUAAAGAGGGGCUCUUAUUUCUUUACGAGAAGAUGAAGCUUUAUAAAGAAGUGAUUGCUUGCUACAUGCAGGCCCAUGACCAUGAAGGGUUGAUUGCAUGCUGCAAGAAGCUGGGAGGUUCGAAUAAGGGAGGAGACCCAUCACUUUGGGGAGAUUUGCUGAAGUAUUUUGGAGAGCUUGGGGAAGAUUGCUCCAAGGAAGUAAAGGAAGUCUUAACUUAUAUUGAAAGGGAUGACAUUUUACCACCUAUCAUUGUUCUUCAGACUCUUUCCCGGAAUCCUUGCCUCAGUCUCUCAGUUGUCAAGGAUUAUAUUGCUCGAAAGCUUGAACAAGAAUCAAAGCUGAUUGAAGAGGAUCGGCGAUCUAUUGAGAAGUACCAGGAAGAAACCUCAGUAAUGAGGAAAGAAAUCUAUGAUCUUAGGACCAAUGCGAGGAUCUUCCAGCUUAGCAAGUGCACUGCAUGCACUUUUACCCUUGAUCUCCCUGCAGUCCACUUUAUGUGCAUGCACUCAUUUCACCAACGUUGCCUUGGGGACAAUGAGAAAGAGUGCCCGGAGUGUGCUCCUGAGUACAGAUCUGUCCUGGAAAUGAAGAGAAGCCUAGAGCAGAAUGCCAAAGACCAAGAUCGGUUCUUUAACCAAGUUAAGAACUCGAAGGAUGGGUUCUCUGUGGUUGCUGAAUAUUUUGGGAAAGGCGUGAUCAGCAAGACUACCAUUGGCCCUAGUGAUACUCAAACAUCAGGCGUAGCUCCCUCCAGUGGUGGCUUGUGAGAAGGCUUGUUGAUUAUGUUGGGUCUUCAUUAU